AUGGUGGUCCUCCUUCUCAAGCCUGGCCAAUCACCCCGCAACAUUGACUCCUUCCGUCCGAUUGCCCUUACUAGCUGCGUGGGCAAGACGUUGGAACGCAUGGUGUUCCGCCGCCGGAGCAUCCGCACGGCCCUGCAUGCCGAACUCAAUUGUUCCCCCGCCGAAUUAGUCUAUGGCACCACGCUUCGCUUGCCGUCGGAGUUCUACGCUUCCCAGACCACGCCUUCCCCAGGUGACUCGGCAGCCUACCUCGUUAAGCUGCAGCAAGCCUUCCGCUGCCUUCGACCUUCCCCGCCUCGCGAGCGGCACAACCAGUCUCCCUACGUCAGCCCCGACCUCAUGAACUCCUCCCACGUGUUCCUGCGGACCGACGCCGUACGCAGGUCUCUGCAACCGCCAUACACUGGGCCUCAUCCCGUUCUCUCGAGAACCCCCAAGACCUCGAUCAUCAGGGUCAACGGCAGAGAGGAGACUGUCUCUAACGACAGACUAAAGCCGGCCCAUGUUCUGAAUCCGGACCUCUCUGCUGAAGCCUUGGCGAGUUUCUCUCCACCCUCGCAUCCCCCAUCCAGCCCUUCACCCAAGACAGUCACUUGGAGACUAUAG